AUGUCCUCCACCAUCGCCAUCAACGACGGCAGGGACCGCGUCCCGCUCGCCGACUCGACAGCCGUGCGCAUCCAGCGCUCCAGGCUGGACUGGAGCACAUUCAUGCAGGCGUGGACGGCGGGCAUCAUCCCGAGCAAGGACUGGAUGCCGUCCGACAUGCAAAUCAUCUUCGAGGGCCUCUACAUGGCGCUCGAGAGCAAGGAUGGCAAGACGGUGCGCAUCACGUCGCUGCUGCAGUGGUUCGAAGACAAGAUAGACGAAUACCUCCUCGUCGCCUGGCGCGGCGACAAGAUUCGUGCGUACAGGGCUGGCGUGAAGUGGGUGCGUCCGUUUGCUGAGCUGUGUGUCUCGGCUGUUGCGACUAGUGAUAUGGGCGUUGCCCCGCUGCGUCGCUAG